AUGGGUAGUGAUACAAGAUUCAUGAAACUGGCACUGAUUAGAGACUUGGAAUCCGUUUUAGAUGGAUUAGGUUCCAUAGUUGAUGUUGGUGGUGGAAAUGGUGCCACGGCUAAGAUUAUCAGUGAAGCAUUCCCCAAGUUGAAAUGCACAGUGCUUGAUCUUCCUGAGGUUGUUGCAAACUUAUCUGGAAAUGCAAAUUUGAGUUUUGUUGGUGGGGACAUGCUCAAAUCCAUCCCUCAUGCUGAUGCAGUUUUGAUUAAGUGGGUUUUACUUGAUUGGGGUGAUGAUGAUUGCAUAAAGAUACUUAAAAAUGCCAAGAGAGCUAUUUCAGGCAAAGGAAAUGAAGGAAAAGUGAUCAUCAUAGACAUGGUGUUGGAUGAAAAGCAUGACCAGUAUGAAUGGCUAGAAACAAAGCUCCUAAUCAACAUAGCCUUGAUAGCUGACCUUAAUUCAAAAGCAAGAUCUGAGGAAGAAUGGAAGCAAGUCUUCUUGAAGGCAGGAUUUAAGGAUUACAAGAUAUUUCCUAUAUUUGGCCUUAGGUCUCUUAUUGUGCUUCAUCCCUAG